AUGGGUCAAGUUGAGAAGGACCCGGGAGAGACGUGUGGACCCUCCGUGAAGUCUGACAACCCAGAGGAGAGGAUAGCCGCUCGCCGCCUCCGCAUUGAGAAAAAGAAAAGACAGGAGCUAGGAGAAGGCCCCUGCGAGGAGGAGGUCACAGAGGAGGCGAGGGAGAGCCAGCUUCAAGUGGAGCAAAGUGAAAGGAGAAUGAUCAACCUGCAGAGUGAUGGGAUGGAGUUGGUAACCAACAUCCAGACUGCAGCUGAUGCAAAAGAGUCCGGGCAAAGGACAGAAGAGGAGGAGGCUACUAGGCUCAGAAUGGAGAGGCUGGAGAAUGAGGCCAAAUGCAGCCAGCAGAAGUUUGAGGAGAUCACCAGAGGGUGGGAGAUGACUAAGCAGAAAACAACUGCUCAGGAGCUGCAAGAUGCUCUCAACAGCCAGCAGCAGCAGUGUGCUCAGCUGCUAGAGGACAAGGCCAAACUCAUCCACGACCUGCAGCGGGAGCUGAAAGCCAGGGAUGACUGCUAUAUUAAGGACUUGAAGAAGGCGGCAGAGGAGGAAGACCUGUUUAUUGAGAGGAUGGAGAGUCUGAUCAAAACCCUGAAGAAGACAUACAGGGAGGAGCUGGACCAGAUUGAGAAUGCUUAUGAGCAUGAACGGAGGGUCUUACUGACGGCAAACAGGGAGAAAUGGGAGCAGUACAUGAAGGACCGUCGCAACCUAGAGCUGGAGAACCUGACACAGAGGCUGAACAAGAUGGAGGAGUAUGAGGAGAUGCUCGAGAAGCUGAGGAUGGAGGACGCCGAGGAGUACAACAUCACCAAGAAGAAACUGGACACACAUGUUCAGAUGUUGCGGCUGCAAGUGCAACAGAAGAAGGCGAGUGACUAUCUGAACCAGGUUGUACUGGACUACAACUACCGGCUGCAGACGAAGAAAGAAGAGGAGAUCACUACCAUCAAGUCCCAGCAGAAGAGGAAGAUGGCCAAAAUGCAGGAUGUGAUGAAGAAUCUGAAGCUGAAGUGUGCCAACAAGGAGAAACAGUCCAGGGAGGAAACCCAGAAAUUGUGCAAGGACUACAAACGUACCACAGAGCUAUACAAGCACAAACAGAAGAAGAUGAGGCACAUUGUAGCUGUUGAUGCUCAGGAGUUCGAGGAUGUGUGGCUGAUGAAUGAGGCGGAGGUCAGGCAGCUGGUGGAAAGGGCCCUGCACAUCGACCGGCUGAUCUACGAGCAGCAGCUGGGUUUAACUUGGGAGCGGCCUCACACGGCCUUCAUGAAGCUCUCAGCUCAGGAAGAUCCUGAGAAACCGGCUCAGAGGAGUGCCCAAGAGGCCGCCUCUCAGCUGAUCCACACCGGAACAGCUACCCAGGCAAGCCUGGGCAUGGAGGAAGCCUCAGUCGGCACGGACAUGGAGAUGAAGGGGGCAGCAAUGCAGAGCGAGAGUGAAACAGAGGUGGAGAGGCAAGGGACUUCAGCAGGGGAGGGAGGGAAAGUGUCAAUGACGAUGAUGACGAAACUCCUGCAGCUGCUAUGUGAUGAGGCGGGCUUCUUGAUAGAGAAGAAACUCCCAAAGCUGCUGUCUACCGUGGAAAAGGAUGAACAGAUGUCCGUGAAGCUAGCCGCAGUUUUUUCUGCUUUGGGCAUUGAGAGUGAGGAUGAUUUGUACGGGCUGGCUGAUUUCAUCUUAAAAUACGCACACCAGAAGAAAGACCAGGCUGAGCAGGAUGUUUGCGCAGAGUCGGGUGGAUCCAGUGGCAAAGCAGAGGGAGAAGAAUCCAGCGGUGCCACGAUUCUGACCUCUGACCCCAUCCAUCCUAAUGAUCUCGUGUCAGCUCUGAAAGCCUUCACUGCCCAGCGCAAGAAAUCCAGGGAGAUCUCCGCUCCCCAUGAGCCCAGUUUUCUUCGCGUAGCUGGCCGGGACAAUUCUGAGGACGCAGCCUACUGGGAGAGUUUGGCCGAGGCUAUCCCUGAGGUCAAACUCAAGCUGUGGGACGCACUCCAUGAUGCAUUACAGAAGCACCACGCUGUCCUGACUCAGAGGUCUGAGCUCAUCACCGAGACACAGGGCCUCAAGCAGCAGAAGACAGAGCUGCGGAUGUUGCUUCAGGACGUCCUCACCUCAAGAGUCAGUGAAGAGCCAGAAAUCCAACCCGCCCUCUUACUGCAGCUGACUCCCAAGUAUCGGGAAAAACAACAAUAA